CCUGGCCCCUUUGCCAUGCUGCCGUUGGUCCUUCUCGGUUUUGGCGUUGCCUUUUCCUUGGGACAGAAUGACACGGGGCCUCUUGUUUUGGAGGGAAAGUGUCUGGUGGUUUGUGACGGGAACCCGUCUGCAGAGAGAGCGCUCACCUCUUCGUUCGGGAUAUCUGUCCGGGCAGGCGAUGCUAAAGUGGCUUUCUCUGCGCUCAGAGGAACCAACCACGAACCUUCUGAUAUGAGCAAUACGUCUCUGACCAUCUACUUUGAUCAGUUAUUAGUAAACAUUGGCAACCAUUUUGAUCUGCAAGCAAGUGUAUUUCAAGCACCAAGAAGAGGCAUUUACAGUUUCAGCUUCCAUGUGGUGAAGGUUUACAACCGGCAGACUAUACAGGUGAACUUGAUGCACAACGAAUACCCUAUCAUAUCAGCUUUCGCCGGGGACCAGGAUGUCACUCGAGAGGCUGCGAGCAAUUCAGUUCUUCUGCAAAUGGAACGGGAGGACAAACUCUACUUGAAGCUUGAGCGGGGAAAUCUAAUGGGUGGAUGGAGGUACUCCACAUUUUCUGGAUUCUUGGUUUUUCCACUCUAAGUCUCAAAACAAGUGAUUCUUAUUUUAUUCAAGGACGUUGGCCACCCUUUGGGCUUUAAUUAUGAAGAAAUGUAUAACU